AUGCGCUCAUCCCCACCCAGCUCUCCGCAGGAGCCCCCGGCCCUCCCCGCAUUGAUAGACUUGUCUGAGGUCGUCGGUUCUUCGAUCGAGUGAGCGAGUGACUCGACGCUACGCUUCGCUCGCUUGAAAGUCCGAGAUCGCACGAGAGAUUUGUCAGUGAAUUGAUUGAUUGGUUGGGAACCCAUUCUCUCACCUCCGACCCGUCGUCUCGGCGGCGGCUUCGCAGGAAGAGGCUGGACUGUCUCUGAUCUCCAGACAAGGGGAGUGGCUAGGGCAUUGCAGUGGUAUUUUUUCCUCCACAUAUCAUCAAAUUAUCGUCCGUGACAGUCGACGACCCCGAUCGUCGUCGUGCGCACUCGAGUCCGGUGACUAUGGCCACGUGCUGACGGGAUUUCAUCAUCGUCGACGCCCAUUGCAGCAGAUUGAGACGGUGUGUGAGUCGCGGUGCUGCAGGAUCGCGGGAACGGUUUGUCUGUCCGUGUUUGAAUCUUCGCGUUGCGUCACGGACCUUCAGCCCUUCCGAGCGAGGGCCAGUAGCAGCAUCCUUCUCGGUUGGCAGGAGAUAGUUUGGGCUAAGGAGAGGAAGAAGCAGAAGAAGAAGAGGAAGCGAAUGGACCAAUUGGAUUUUGAAUCGUGCGAGGUUCUGGAUAUGGUACCUAUUGAGGAGGAGGAGGAGGAGGAGGAGGGGGAAGGGGAGGGAGAGGGAGUGCAGCUCAAGGAGCUGAUAAUCAGGAUUGCAGAGUACGUAGAGGAGACGAUCGCGUUGGAGGAGACGAUCGCACUGGAGGACGACAGCGAGGAAUUCAUGGAGGCGCAGCUUCGGAAGCAGCACUUGGAGGACUGCAUCGAGGCGAUCGCCGACUACGUGGAGGAGAGCAUAGCGAUCGAGGAGGAGCACCAGGCGCUCAAAUUGCAGGACUGCCGGAAGCAAGACAUGGAAGCGCUGGUGGAAGCGAUCGCCGAGUACGUGGAGGAAACGAUAGCUCUGGAGGAGGAAGAGCUCAAGGAAGCAGUCGAGGAGUACGUGGUGGAUUUGAAGAAAGCAUUCGAGGAAACGAAGCAGGAGCUGACCACUGUCCGCAGCGGAGUGCGCUUCCUGGAAACAUGGUACCUUCAUCAGUCCGAAUCAUCAUCCCAACAUCAAAAUCAUCACCUACAACCACAACAACAACAACAACAACAACGAUAUGCCAGCACUACUGCUGCCUCUACCAGCGCCCGCAGCCUCAGCGCCGGCACGCCGCUCAAAGGCACCGGCUCCUGUAAGCGGGACUUCCAAGGAAAUGUGCGAUCGAUCUGUCCGAGGUGACGGAGAAGGACCAUUUGAUGCAUCCGUCAUGUUUCAUUACAGAACAACUCAAGCUGCUUACUUACUAACUUGGUCCCUCACGUAUUGGCUCCCGGCGAGAGCAUCGAAGACGAGGACACGGAGGUCGAGGACGAGGAGGGGGAGACGAACCAGACGAACAGGCAGAAUCUCCGUUUACCCAUGCCACCAUUCCGACCCGCCGAGAGGCCGAUGAACAUUCGUUCACUCGCCGAGGGGCAGAGUAUAAUCACAGUGAGGGUCCAGCGAGGGAGAGAGAGAGAGAGAAGGAGAGACCGGAACGUCUUCGAGAGUUUUUUGUUGUACCAUAAUGUGUAUCGAUGAACCAACCUGUCGGGGUCCCGAGGCUUAGAUCCUAGUGUACAGUAGCCCAUGUAGAGAACGUAACAGCCAUUUCCUAUGAGCAUUCUUAGAGAUCCACUGUUUCCUCAUUUUUUCCUGUCUGUCAAUGAUCGAUCCUCUUAUCGAGUCAAAACUCAAAUCCAUUUUAGACCGUAGACGCAGAGCAGCCAUAGCUAGAUAGAUAGAGAGGAACGGAGUCAGCCGUUGUUUGGUAUAACCCUUUUAGCAGGAGAAAACGUAAGCGCGAUCGAUCGCUCGUCACGAUCUGCCUUUUCCAAGAUCUUGGGAAAUCCGUGUAGCCAGCCAGCCUCGACACCCCAAUGUAGUGUACAUAUGAGCAGAGAUAACCAACUUCACUAUAGGCCCAAUCUUAACAGCGUCGUAUCACUAGUAUCGUCUACAAUAACCCAAUAUUUGGACGGACGAUUAACAGUCAAUUUUUGAUCAAUCGAAGGCGGUUAACCUCAACCACACCAGCAGCGAAAGCAGGGCAGCAAAUGUAAGAUGGAUGUAGCAAUACCCACAUCACUUUUUUGGAAUGUAGUACUGUUAGAGGAGCAGGAGCAGGAGGAGCAGGAGGAAGUAGAACUUCUGUUUGAGAGCUAAAAUGUUGUGUAUAUAAAGAGUAGGAAGCCAGAGAAUAAAUCUUCUCAGGAGCAGCAGUAGCAUUGUCGUCGUCGUCGUCGUCGUCAUCAGUGUAGAGAGAUAGGUAGCUAGGAUAAAAAAUUUAAGCGUAAGUUCAAUUUUCUGGCAGGCAAUUUUUUCCCCACGUUGGGACGUUUCAUCCCUAGAUCUGCCUGCUGCGGCCACAUGCACUGCCCCACUCGCGAGCUGUGGCCGACUCAAGCAAGGGCUACUGUACUGUCAAUACAUAAGUUCUUGUUAUUCCUUUGACA